AAUGAAAGCAAUGACUUUUUGUUAUUUUCAGAUAAUGGCAAACGGUUGUUGGUUUUCCUUCGUGGGUGUUGUUCCACAACUUCAUUUCCCUAUUGCACACAAACAAGGUGCCAUAUGUAAACAAAGAAAGAGAUAUACAGACAAGUGGAAUAAAUGUUGGAAGAGUUGUCAACAACAAGCAGAACCCAAAUUAGAGUUGGACGUGACAGCUUUGGAAAAGUCAAGAGCUAAGUAUUUUCGAGAAAAGCGCAAGUUGGAACAAGUCGUCCAAUCAAAGCGACUAGAAGAUGUAGCACAAGUAAGAGAGACUAUAGAACAAGUGACUGCUCAGGAUCCCUUGUUUUUGUUGGAACGGAAGAGGAAACAAUACGAAACUUUAAAGCUCAAAGGAAACAAUGACGAGGCUCAGCAAGUGUGGAAAGAAAUAAAAUGGCUUAAAGUUAGGAUGCCACAGUUUCGAUUGGGAGGUUUAUGGGCAGGAAAGACUUCCCAGCAAUCUGUGGAAACGAUUCAUAUCCACUAUCAAGAUGUAACUCUCUUUGCUGUAAAAACUUCGGAGACCGAACAAGGCAUUGCCAAGGGAGAAAUUGCCUUUCGUUGUGAUAUAUCUGUUGAUUCCUUAGUGGAUCCUGAAGCACCAGGAAGUGACCUUUUGAGACUAGGUUUGGAAAGGGUUAUUCCUAAUCUGGGUGGGAUUCAACGUUUUAAUGCAGAAGCACAAAUACUUGUUCCAGUAGCCACUGGUACUGAAGCCGAAAAGCCAAGUUUUCAACAAGUUGCUGGAAAAGUACCUUUGAUGCCACAGUGGACGCCAGGUGAACUUAUAGUGAUUGAUGAACGUCAAAUUGUCUUUGUUUGGUUAACUUUAGGUCAAUAUAUAUUGUUUGAGAAAAGGGAAGAGCUUUAAGGGCAUCAUACAAUGAGACUGUC